CCGGAGCCAGCCUCCCCGAAGGCGCUCAGCUCCGCCUGGGGCCCCAGCAGCGCCUGGCCCAAGGGCCCCCCCGCCGGCAGCGAGUGGCUCUUCCCGGCCAGGAGGAAAGCCGCCGCCGCCGCCGCCGGCGAGCAGCAGAUGGGCUCCUCUUCCGACGGGCGCGACCUCAACGCCCUCCUCCCGCCGCCGGGGAACGGGGGCUGCCCGAUGGCGGGCCAGUGGGCUCCGAUGCUGGACUUCCCUCCCCCGCCGGGCGCCUCCUACGGCUCCCUGGGGCCCCCUCCUCCUCCUCCUCCUCCUGGCCCUCCGGCCUCGGCCUUCAUCAAGCAGGAGCCCAGCUGGAGCGCCAGCGAGCCCUCCCCCGAGGAGCAGUGCCUCAGCGCCUUCACCGUCCACUUCUCCGGACAGUUCACCGGCACCGCCGGGGCCUGCCGCUACGGGCCCUUCGCCGCCCCGCCGCCCCCGCCGCCCCCGCCUCCGCCCCCGCCCCCGGGACCCGGACAGGCGCCCCCCGGGCAAGGCAGGCUCUUCCCCGCCGGAGCGUACCUGCCCAGCUGCCUGGAAGGACAGCAAGCCCUCCGCAACCAAGGCUAUGGCCCCGUGGCCUUUGAUGGGGCUCCCAGUUACGGACACCCUCCUUCCCACCACGCCGCCCAGUUCCCCAACCACGCCUUCAAGCACGAGGACCCCAUCGCCAUCGGCCAGCAGACCUCGCUAGGUGAGCAGCAGUAUACCGUGCCUCCCCCUGUCUAUGGCUGCCACACCCCCACAGACAGUUGCACAGGCAGCCAGGCUCUGCUCCUCAGGAACCCCUACAACAGCCAUGCAACAGGAUAUGAAAGUGAUAACCAUGCAGGUCCCAUGUUAUAUAGCUGUGGGGCCCAAUACAGAAUACACACCCAUGGAGUUUUUAGAGGAAUACAAGAUGUGCGACGAGUGCCUGGAGUAGCGCCUACAAUCGUCAGAUCAACAAGUGAGACAAAUGAGAAACGGCCUUUCAUGUGUGUAUACCCUGGCUGUAAUAAACGAUAUUUUAAGCUGUCUCAUCUGCAGAUGCAUGGUAGAAAGCACACUGGUGAAAAACCAUACCAGUGUGACUUUAAAGACUGUGAACGAAGAUUCUCUCGUUCAGAUCAAUUGAAACGACACCAAAGGCGACAUACAGGUGUGAAACCCUUCCAAUGUAAAACAUGUCAGAGAAAGUUCUCCAGAUCUGAUCACCUGAAGACUCACACCAGGACUCAUACAGGUAAAACAAGUGAGAAGCCUUUCAGUUGCCGGUGGCCCAGUUGUCAAAAAAAGUUUGCUCGGUCUGAUGAAUUGGUCCGUCAUCAUAAUAUGCACAACAGAAACAUGACUAAACUUCAGCUUACUCUUUAGAUCUCUCUCAUAUUGCCUGUACAAAUCAGAUGGGACCCCACGGACUAUUGCAAACAUUUCAACCAUCAUCUCUCACCUCCUUAAGGAAUUUUUUGGAUGCCUUCAAAAUGCAGUUAAGAGAAGUUAACUAAACUCUAGGAUUUGGUUCAGUUCAGGCUUCCGCUUGGACUUUCAAACCUUCCUGUUCAAAAACCUCAAAUGGUUUCUUUUUGUAACAUUAUUAUAUAAUUCCAGGUUGACUAUGUUAUACUUUAAAUAUUACUAUAGACUCUAGCUAUGUAUAUUUGUUCUUCUGGUCAGAAGUUUUUGUAUUUUUAUUUUUUACUUGAAAUUUGCAAAUGCAAGCUAGUGACAAUGCUCAGUCAUGUUCAUAUAUAAUUACCAAUAUGUGUGAAAGUCCGUUCAUGCAUACUGCUGAAAACACAGAAGCUUCUAAAGACUACUGUAGUCUUGAACAAAUGCUGAAUCAAUUUUGGUAAUCUUUCUAACAGUCAAAGGGAACAGUUUUCUAUUCUUCUGUAAAUCCUCUGUGUCAAGAAUGACAAAUAUUUUGUCCGCAAUUCUUAAAACUGUGGGUGCUUGGGUUUCUCAUAAGCAUAUGUAGUUUGUGUGUGUGUAUGUAUCUGUGUGUGAGAGAGAAAGAAAAAGAGAGAGGUGCAUCAGAGGUCUCUUGUCGACCCAGAACUGUCCCUAAGGAUGCACUGUUCCCACUGUUGUCUGCGUCGAAGACAGGAAGAACACCAGUACAUUUGAUGCUAGUUUCAGAAAUUAAUUGAAUAUUUUGGUGGGUAUCUCUGUGGGAUUAAGCAUGCUCCUACGCCCUCCUACAUCUGUCCCACGCCCUAACCAUGCUCUAUUAAGUAUCAGCAAUUAAAUGGAGUUUAUGAUCAUAUCAUACCACCAUGUGUAUAUCAGUAUUUAACAGUAAGACUUUCCUUGCACAGUCAGAAAUAUUGCCCUUUCCAGAUUCCUCAUCAUGUGAAGAGUGACCUAGCACAAACAGUUGUACACUGGUAAACUUUCUAAAGACCUUGAAUCAGAAUUGGUCAAGAACCUGCUAUAGCGACCCUGUUUCUUAUCCAUGGAUAUUCAGUGUGAAUGAUCUGAAAGGGCUUCAGCCUUCAUGAUGACACGACUGAUCACAGUAUAGUUGGUAGUAUUUUCACCCCCAAACUGAGGACCCCAUGAGUUUUAUUAGGCAUCUAAUUAGCAAGGGGGGGGGUGUCUGGUUGGCGGAACCACUGAAAAAGGAGAGCUUUCUGUUUCUUCUUUCCACUUCCUCUGCUGUCCACUCUUUAAGGAAAAUAAUUGAGAGAUACUUCCUAUUCUUUUAAUCAACCACAGUUCCUGGCACCAAGACCACCACUGAGUACCUUGAGUUUUUAUCACCAUAUCUGGGUGUCCACUCGCCACAUGACAGGCACAUAAUAAGCUAUUCAGCACUAUGUUUCUCUUUCAUUUUCUUGGCCUAUGACAGGUAACAGAAGGAAAUGCUGGUGUAUUUGCAAUCUUAAAAGGAUGCUAACAGUCCUUUACACACUUUCCUGGAAGUAAGUUCCAUUGUGCAAUUGAACCAACAUGAAUAGGAUUAUAAUGUCUUGCCUUGAACUGUCUCUUUCUAUAGGUAUCUAUGGGAGAGAAGUUCAAAUUGACUGCAAUCUUCAAGAUGUUUUGUUUCUAAAGAUAACUAAGUUAAGAGGAGACAAUAUCUUUCUACCCAGUGAAUGAAAAUCUGACAUUGAAGCUGACUUGUUCUUACCAACAGCUUUCAUGUAGAGAAACUGUACAUUGUUUAGUUUGUUUUCUGAAACUGGUUUAAAUUUAUUCCACUUUAAGAUACAAGUUCUUGCACAAAAUAAAGUCAAUAUCAUUGUAGAUGUUUAGACUUUGUUUAACGUGCAGCCAUGCUGGUUAUAUGGCUGGCAAGUUGUAUAAAAUAAAAUUAAAGUUGAACUUAAGAAGAGGCUGGUCCAAAAUUUUCACUAACAUAUUGCUCUUAAGCUAAACAGUGACUUGAACGUGUUUGCAUUUACAAUUAUAUGUGCAAAAAGAAAUGCCCAAUGUGAGGAAAUAUAUUAUUUCAGGGUUUAUUAUUUACUAUUAAUUGCUUGGAGUGGUGUACAUAUAUCUAUAAAUAUAUAUCUAAUAAUGUAUUGCUCUUAAUUCAAAUUAGAAGGUGAAUAAAUAUUAGAUGCAUUAUGGUUCAGAUGUUGCUGCAACCUAUUGAUACCACAAAGGCUGUAACCUGCAUUUUUCACUGAGCUAUCAAUUAAAGGCCAUUUAAAGAGAAACAAA